AUGGGCGGGGCCGGUGACGCGCCCACCUCGCCCCCCUGCACCCCGCAGCUCCCCCUGCUCACCCCAUCCUUCCCCUGCAGCCCCCUGCAGUCCAGCACGCCCUGGCCCCCGCAGCCCUGGCCCAGUCCCCCCAGCUCCCCACCGGGCAUCCCGCAAUCCAGCCGCCCCUUGCCCCUCAGCAUCCCGCAGUCCAGCCGCCCCUUGCCCCUCAGCAUCCCGCAGUCCAGCCGCCCGCUGUCCCCCUGCUUCCUGCAGUCCAGCCAGCCCUUCACGUACUUCAGGUUCCCGGCCACGCCGCAGUCCAGCCAGCCCGUCCCGUACCGCAGCUCCCCGGCCAUCCCCCGCUCCAGCCAGCUCUUCCCUUACAGCCCGCUCCAGCCCAGCCAGCCCUUCCCGUCCCGCGCCCCCCCAUGCCUCCCCCAGUCCAGCAAACCCUUCCCGUACCGCAGCCCCCCCCGCCUCCUCCCCAGGCACAGCGACCCCUUCCCGUACUAUUUCCCCCCGUACAGCCCCUGCUGCGCCCCGCUGGGGGUCCCCCAGUCCAGCCGGCCCUUUCCCUACUGCCCCCAUCCCCACAUCGCCAAAGCCACUGAGCCCUUCCCCUGCUCCGUGGCCCUGCAGCCCAGCAGAUCCUUCCCCUCUUACGCCCCCCUCCACAUCCCCCAGUCCAGCAAGCCCUUCCCCAGCAGCUCCCCCCAGCCGGGGGACCCCUUCCUGCAUUACACAUCCCCGUGCCCCCCGCAGUCACCGGAGCCCCUUCCUCACCAUCCCCUCCAGCGCCGGGGCUCCCCCCCUCCUCGCUUGCACGUCUGGGGGGUGCCCUCCCCGCCCCAGCACCCUGCUACCCCCUAA